AUGCCCUCACUAAAAAAUAUAUUUCACAAAGACGACCAACAAAAACAACCUCAGCCUCAAUCUCCAUCUUUCUCAACUCCGCCACCAUCCGGAAUCACCCUCAUUCGCACAGAUACCCUCGGACAAGAAGUCAUUACUCCACCAGUAUACCCAGACCACGACUCCAACUCUAGGCCUAGAAUAUCUCGAUUAGACCUCGACCCACCUCAAUCUCCAACGCGCCGUAGCUUCCAACUCUUCAACCGCUCUUCACGCUCGGGCUCUGUCUCUGGUCCUCUUUCAAUUCCUGUUUCGAGCCAAUUCCCCCAACCGCGCCAUGAGCACCGUCUCUCAAAUCUCUUGCAUCGGGAACACCGCCGCACCGGCUCACGUGACGGCUCGUCAACUAAUAUCCCGGCUGAUCUGCCCCAGAUCGGAGAUGAUGACGGCGUAGAUAAGCAGGAGCGGGAGGCGCUGUGGGAGAAGCGGGCUACCGCUCUCGUCCAGCAUAAUCAGCAGGCUGGGAAUUAUGCGCUUUCAUCGCCGAUUCAUUCGGAUGCCGAUCUGUCGCUGCAGGUUAGGUCGCCGGCUAUUUCUAGGCACUCGAGUCAUAGUAGCCUUGCUGAUAAAGAGACUGACAUUGAUAUUCAAGAGGCUAUUCGGCUGCAUGAGUCUGGAGAACUAGAACAAUCUACUCGAAUAUUCGGACAGCUAGCAGAUCCUAACGGCGCAAAUAACCCUCUAAGCCAGGUUCUCUAUGGACUUGCCCUCCGUCAUGGUUGGGGUUGUAUAAAAGACGAGGCACAGGCCAUCACCUAUCUAUCCGCCGCAGCAUCCAACUCAGCAGCCGUUGAGUCAGAGGCAUUACGCGCAGGGAUGAAGAAAGGUGGCGCCGCAAAGGGUGAACUGGUUCUUGCCUUGUUCGAGCUUGCAAACUGCUUCCGCAAUGGAUGGGGCAUAGACAAGGACCCUGCUGCUGCACGACAGUAUUAUGAAACGGCUGCAAAUCUCGGUGAUACUGAUGCAAUGAAUGAGGUUGCUUGGUGUUAUCUUGAAGGAUUUGGUGGGAAGAAGGAUAAGUUCAAGGCUGCGAAGUAUUAUCGGCUUUCUGAGGAAAGUGGGUGUCCUAUGGUGGGAAAUUCAUGGAUCUGGAAAGCCAAAUACAAUUCUCAUUAG